UCCAUAAAAGUUUCCUUCAUCCGGUUUUAGUUUCGAGGUUAUACGUACCCACAAUCCUUUGCGAUACAUUUCCGCUUGUCUCGUUGUAAAUAAAUAGACUCCGGACUCAGCUGAUUGUGGGAAGAAAACUCUAUUCAUAUUUAGGGAGGAAAAUUGUGACUAGCUUUGGUUAGGUUUGAUCAAACUAACAAUGGCAUCCGAUACCACAAGACUGCGAACAAAAGAGGCUGGUACGACUGAAGAAAAUACCUCUUCAAGUGAAAAAAGGUCAACUGGUAAAAGUAGAAAUGAAGCCAUCGUAGGCGAAGACGGGCUGUGGCAGUAUCUCCAUAAACUAGAUGUGGAAUACACAAAGGCAUGGGGUGUCUGUGCAGCUAAAGAAUCGAAAUUAGGAGGCCUGAGACCGUUGAUGAAAUUAUUGGAAAUAAGUUGUCAUGGUAUUCCUUGGCUGGUUGCAAAUGUUGUAUUCUUUCUUUGUGUUCACAGAGAGCAAGAUGUUGAACUUUUGGUGAACCUAUUUUUUGCUUUGAUAUUUGACAUUAUUGUAGUGGCAUCUCUGAAAAUGUUGUUCCGACGACCACGCCCCCCUGCAAACCAAAUGGACAUGUUUGCUACUAUUUCUGUGGAUACGUAUUCAUUCCCAUCUGGUCAUGCCACACGGGCAGCCAUGUUGGCUUUCUUCUUCAGUAAUAAAUAUUUAACUCAGUGGAGUAGUAUAUUUGGGGUGAUAACUUGGUCGGUUGUGGUCAGUAUCUCCAGACUGUUGCUAGGACGACAUCAUACAAGUGAUAUAAUAAUAGGAUAUUUUACAGGAUUUUUAGAAUAUGUGAUUUAUAAUACAGUUUGGAUCCCUAAAGAAAACUGCAUAUCAUGGCUAGAAUUGUAUUUUGGUCAUGUUCAUUUGUGAUGAUUUAGUUUCGUAUAAAAUUAGAUUUUUUUUUAAAGGUGCAUUAUGAAAGAAUUAGAUAAGGAGCUGGCCGUUCUUUCUUUAAAACAGCUUGAAAAUGAAAAAUUAAUAUAUUGAAAAUUUCGGUCAAAUUUCUUUAUUCUGUGCAAAGUUAUACAUCCGCGUAUAUAACUUUUGAAGCCAGAAAAAAGAUCUGUAAUAGGCAAAUUUAGCUCUUACAUAAUGCAUCUUUAAUGUAGGCUGCCAGUUUAAUUUUUAAAUGUAGUUUAUAGAGAUCUGUGUUGUACAUGUAUGUUCGGCGUGGUGACCAUAAUUCCAUUUUUUUUAUAAUGAUCUCAAGGAUGUGCUGGUAUUCACUUGUUGAAAUGGAAAUAAUAAAAAUAAAUUGAGAUAAUAGAGAAAAAUUA